GAUAAGGCUCAUAACGACAGGGGAGGUGGCGGUGGAGGCGCCGCGACGCCCGCCUAGCGAGUAGCGCUCCGCCUGACCAGUUACUCCUCACCGCUCACCCAGUUCAAACCUGAGGCUGCCGAGGUCCACGCAGGACCCUACAACUUUCUGGAGAUGGUCUGUACAACGAGCACUCAGGGGAAACAAGAUGCUAACAUUCCAGUACCCGAAGAUUCUACUGAUCCAGGAAUCGAGUCAAUCAUCCAACAGGCGGGAGGAUUUGGCCGCUUCCAGAAGCGCUUUCUGUUUAUCUACAACUUCCUGCUGCCAUGUGCCAUGGGGAUGAACUACGUGAACAUCGUGAUGGCGCUCACUGCCCCCGACCACUGGUGCCAUGUUCCAGGCAGAGACGAGGCAAACCUCACCGUCGACCAGUGGAAGACGCUCACCUUGCCCAGGAAAGCGAACAUUUACAGUCGCUGCAGCAUGUACGCCGAUCCGGGAGAGAAUCCUCAUAUUAUCGGGUCUUCCAUAGAGGAAAACAUUACAGAGUGUCAGUUCGGCUGGGAGUACGACCGCACGUGGUACACGGAGACUGCGGUCUCUCAACACAACUGGGUGUGCAACGACGCCAUCAAAGCCUCCAUCGCGCUAUCGCUGUCCAGCCUGGGGCAAGCCGUGGGCCUGCUGGUGUUCGGACAGCUGUCUGACGUCGUGGGCCGCCGUCCAGUGUUCCACGUGGCGGCGGUGUGCGUUCUGCUGGGGCGCAUCGGCUGCGUCUUCUCGUCCGACAUCUACUGGCUGUUCGCCGCCGCCAUCUUCCUGGGCGGCAGCAGCUACGGCGCCUGCUACAGCACCACCCUCACCCUAGCGGGAGAGCUGGUGCCUGGCAGCAAACGCGGCUUGGUGACGAUGACGCAGCUGACUGGCUGGGCGGCGGGCCACAUGGCGGCGCCACUGGUUGCGCUGCUGCUGCCGGACUGGCGACACUUCACUGCCGCCACCGGCGUCUCCGUGGCUCCCUUCCUGCUCGCCAUCUGGUGGUUCCCGGAGUCGCCGCGGUGGCUGGCGGUGCACGGCAACGCGGAGCGCGCCCUGUCGCAGCUGCAGGCGAUCGCCAAGUCCAACGGCUGCCAGCUGCCGCCGGAAACGGACCGGGUGCUGCACAAUCUGGCCAGCCGGCGAGAGCGGGUGUACGGCGUCCCGAGCCUGUUCGCCACCCGCGACAUCGCCAUCACGUCCACGCUCACCUGCGUCGCUGGCACGACGAUGAUGGUGCUGUACGACUCGACCCUGCUGACGAUGACGAACGCGGUGGACAACAGCCCCGUGCUGAACCUGGUGGUGCAAGCGGCCAUCGAGGUGCCGGCAUACAUGGCGGGCCGCGUCGCCAGCGAUCGCAUGGGCAGGAAACCGGCGCUCUACUGCGCUCUGCUGGCACUCGCCAUUCUCAACACCUGCAGCGCCGCCAUCGCAGGCUGGGACAUGGUGUGGGCGGAGAUGACGCUGCUGGCGCUGAGCAAGGCGCUCAUCUGCGCCGCCUUCUGCCCGCUGCACGUGCUGGCGCUCGAGACGUUCCCCACGUGUCUGCGCCAGACGGGCAUCUCCUUCUACAGCAUGCUGGGAGCCGCUGCUAGCGUCGCCUCGCCUUACCUCGUCUUCCAGGGUCAAAACAAAGAUGUUCAGAUUCCGUUCCUAGUAAUGUCUGCACUAGCUUCAAUCGGCUCAAUUCCCGCCUUCUUCCUCAAAGAGACCAGGAAACGACAAAUGCCAGAGACCUUGGCAGACGUCAACAGAAUGAAAAAGGCACUGAAAGUGAGGAAACUCUCGGCGCCAGAUCUGACAGUAGAGUACGCCAGCAACGGCAACGUCGGAGAAGAUGGAAACAGCCAACGCGGCCUACCUUAAAUUGCUGUUAUGGUUGUAGAACCGCAGAAGUACUACCACCGUGAAAACAGAAAAGUAAAACUUGUAACAAAACUAGAUACAAUUUGUGAGUAUGGUUAAUUACGGAGACCGCAAAUACUGAGCUCUCCUUCAAAAAUCCACACUUUUUCAACUCUUGUAUUAUUUUAAUACUCUGUACACAAUAAGUUUUCUAACAUUGUGAUCUCUAACAAGAAUUAAAAAAGUUGUGAAUUUGA